AUGAAUAGCGUACGACAAUGGGUCGAAAUUCUAAAAAAGAAUAGAGAAAAAUGUGCCAAUUUGCAUAAUCCUAUACUUUCCUGCUUUCAGAUGUAUGGAGAACAAAAAUUUAUGCUUGGAUUCUAUAUGCUUUGGCAAUUUAAGUUGUACGAAAAAUAUUAUGAG